AUUGUCGUCAAUUUUGUUUUGGCCUGAAAAGAAUAUAAUCACAACACGCAAUUUGUUCAUAAGUUUAAAAAGGCAAUAGAAAUUAAUAGAAUAUAAUUGAUAAAUAAAAGACAUGGGUGCAUCUGAAGACGAUCCGUACGCAGCAGCUGCAAAAGGUAAAUUGAAACUCAAAAGUGAUACGACGAUCAAGAAAAAGAAAAAAAAGAAGGACAAGAUUACAGUGGAUCAAGUAUCUAAAACUCUGGAAACUCAGGAAAAAGUGGAACAACCCAAACCUCAGCGAAACAAAACUAAAGCAGAAUUAGCGUUCCUACAGCAGCAAGAGAAGAUGAAAAUGAAGAGAAUUCUAGAGAAAGCAUCGCAAACUCACAAAGAGAGAGUAGAGAAGUUCAAUCAACAUCUAGACAGUCUUACCGAGCACUUUGAUAUACCUAAAGUAUCGUGGACAAAAUAACUUUUAACACUUGUUUUAGAAUACAGAUUAAGUUGUAAAUUACGGAUUUAUUAUAUUUAUAAUUUUUAUUUA